GGCGGCUUUGUUCAAUUCAUCAGUUCAGUUUAGGGACCGCUUCAGUUCGCGAGGAACUCAAGAUUUGCUCUUACCUUGACGCUUCAUUCAAUCCCGCUAUUCUCGCGUCACAACGCCGAUUGGCUUGGGUUUUCUAAGGGUGCCAGGCGAUGGCGUCGCCGCAGCUACAGCCGCGGCAGCCUGCCGCCGGGGGAAUGGCAGAUUCUACCCGGCCGGCAGCCGUGAACCAAGGCUACAGCCUGGCUUCUUCGUGGGAGCACAAUGCGCCGCUUUCAGAGCGGCAGCUGGCGACAAUCGCGAUGCUCGCGAAUGUGGCUGGUAACCGCUCCCUGCCAGCCCACCUGGAAAAUGACGGCAAAGAGGGGCGGGAAGAGGGGGCAACGAGCACAGCGACAGCAGCAGCAGCAGCAGCAGCAGCAGUGGAGGGGGAAGGGAGUGCGGAUGAUGGGGAGGAGGGCGAGGAGGAUAGCGAUGUGUUGCUUCUAGUCAACAGCCACCAGUUCUACAAGUGGCACUCGGACCUUGAAACUGCCAUGAAGUCGGAGACAGAGGAGAAGUACCGGCAGUAUGUGUGUGUGCUGGAAACGCACCUGCAGACGUGCGACCACAUCCUCAUGCAGCUGGACGGCACGCUCUCCCAGUUCGACGAGCUGCAGGCACAACACCGCGGCGUGGCGAGCAAGACGAGCUCGCUGCACGACGCGUGCCAGCGCCUGGUGCUGGACAAGGACCGCCUCGUGGAGUUCGCGGAUGCCCUCAGGUCCAAGCUCAACUACUUCGAAGAGCUCGAUAAGAUCACAGCUCGCUUCCAUUCAGCAUCCAUGAGUGUCAGCAGCUCGCACUUCCUGCCGCUGCUCAAGCGCCUCGACGAAUGCAUCACCUACGUUGCGUCCAACCUCCAGUAUGCGGACGCCAACAUCUACCUGGUUAAAUUCAGACAGCUGCAGUCGCGAGCCCUUGGCAUGGUGCGCUCGCAUGUGCUCUCAGUGCUCCGAUCAGCCGCCAACCAGGUUCUAGCAGCGAUGAAGGAGAGUGGGGUUGCGGCAGGGGGAGCGUCGGGGGGGAGAGGAGUGGGGGGAAACAUUUCGGAGGGGGCAGAGACCUCGCUGCUUUAUGUGCGAUUCAAGGCUGCUGCUGGCGAGCUGAAGCCGCUGAUGGAGGAGAUGGAGGGGCGGGCGUCCAGGCGGGAGUACUCGCAGCUGCUGUCUGACUGCCACACCAUCUACUGCGAGCAGCGCCUCGCUCUGGUGCAGCCAGUGGUGCAGCAGCGCAUCACAGAUUUCGCUAAGAAGGAAACGCUGCCCGCUCUCACUCGCUCCGGAUGCGCCUACCUCAUGCAGGUGUGCCAGUCGGAGCACCAGCUGUUUGACCACUUCUUUCCCUCCACCUCGGCUGACACCUCCAACCUCGGCCCACUCAUCGACCCCCUGUGCACAGUACUAUACGACGCGCUGCGCCCGCGGUUCAUCCACAGUGCGGAUGUGGACGUGCUGUGCGAGCUGGUGGACAUUGUUCAGGCUGACCUGCUGCACCACCACCUGCCGAGACGCGGCGAGUGGGUGGCGGCGCUGCGCCCCACCAUCUCCCGAAUUCUGGCGGACCUCAGGCAGAGGCUGAUCUUUAGAGCUCAUACUUUCAUGCGCGAUGAGAUCUCCAACUACGUGCCUACCAGUGAAGACCUUGACUAUCCAGGCAAGCUGCAACGAGCCGCUGCCAAGUCUGCUGCCGCCGCUGCCGCUGCUGUGCAGGAGGGCGAUGCACAGGCAGCAGCGGGCGCGGAGGAGCAAGGGGCGGAUUCUUACGCGGGCUGGUACCCCCCUCUGGAGAGCACCCUCGCGUGUCUCUCCAAGCUCUACCGCUGCGUGGAUGCUGACAUCUUCACCGGGCUAGCACAGGAAGCGGUGGCGGUGUGUUCAGAUUCCAUUCAGCGUGCCAGCAAGGUAGUGGCGCGCAAGGCGAGCCCAAUGGAUGGGCAGCUGUUCCUUAUCAAGCACCUGCUCAUCCUCAGAGAGCAGAUUGCCCCCUUUGAUGUGGAGUUUGCCGUCACCAUAAAAGAACUAGACUUCGCGCACACAUUGGAUCACCUGCGGCGAGUGCUGCGCGGCCAGGCGUCAUUCCUCAGCCUCACCUCGGGCAGCUCCCUGCUGCGCUUCUCCCCCCGGGUCACCGAGAGCCACAUCGACGCCAAGAAGGAGUUGGAGAAGCUGCUCAAGUCCACGUGCGAGCAGCUCAUCAUGUCCGUCACCAAGCUCACAGUGGAGCCCAUCCUCUCCUUCAUCACCAAGGUCACGGCUGUGCGUGUGGCAGGGUCAGCACUUGCGCUCAAGGCUGGUGGGGGAGACGAGGGGCAUGCGGGGCAGCGCCUGCUAAGGGACCAGGCGUUUGCGUCACCAGAGAAGCUCGCCCAAGUGGUCAAACUGGUGGACGAGGCCCUCAAGGUGUCGCUGCCAGACGUGGUGGGCAACAUGGCUCUGUACCUCCCGCAUACUGCCACUCGGGCCAUCCUCUUCCGACCCAUCAAGUCGAACAUCCUGGAGGCACAUGCGCAGCUGCAGUCGCUAGUGGACUCGGAAUACACCGAGGAGGAUAGGGCAGUGGUGGGACUCAUCUCGUCUGCCGACCUCCUCACCUUCCUCGAUGGCCUCACAUGAAGCAGUGAUAGAUCAUAGUAUCGGACACGUUGGUUCCCCCCCGGAGCAGCAGCACUUUUUAUGGUAGACGGCCUCACAUGAAGCAGUGAUGGAUGCUGUGAUCCCCCUCCAAGCAGCAGCCCUUCUUACAGUAGAUGGCCUCACUUGAACGGAUGCCGGGAUGUGCUGCGCACUUACGGAGCGGUACCUACUGGUAGAUUGAAUGCACAAUCUUGCGUCACACAUACGGGAACAUGUACCGGCACUUGUCUACUCUUCCACCCACGAACCUUGUACGGUUUGUGUGCAUUUUAUAUUUGAAACCGCACAUGCACAUGCCUCCAUCCAUUGGCAGUGUAGUGAGAUACGUAGAAGUCCUGUUCCUACCUCGGCCUACCGUGAUCUCCCGACAAAAAUACCCCCCCCCGAAAAAACCACCCUGG